AUGGGUGCUCAAGAGACAUACGAUGGGCCAUUCAAAGCAACCGGUGAUGAGGAAGUCGCAGCUAUAAGUGUUGAAGAUAAUGUACAGCCCGAUUGGACGGAGGAGGAAGAACGAUUGGCCAAGAGAAAAAUCGAUUUUAUUCUUCUACCGAUUCUUGGACUUGCGUUUUUUGCUCUGCAGUUAGAUAGAGGGAAUAUUGCAAAUGCGUUGACGAGUACUAUCUCGACGGAUUUGGGUGUUACGACGAAUCAGAUUAAUGCGGGAUCGAGUAUUUUAUCCGCGGGAAUCGUGGUGUUGGAAAUCCCUAGUAAUGUUUUAUUGCAAAAGAUUGGACCACAGAAGUGGCUCGCAGGUCAAAUCUUGGCUUGGGGAUUCGUCGCUGCUUUUCAAAAUUUCAUCACGAAUUACUCGGGAUAUAUCGUUACUCGUCUCUUGCUGGGACUGUGUGAAGCGGGGUUUAUUCCCGGGGCUCUCUAUACGAUGUCUCUCUGGUACAAGAAACCUGAAUCGAGUUUGAGGAUAUCGAUAUUCUUUCUAGGGAAUCUUUUGGCUUCGGCAACGACUUCUCUGAUUGGGGCGGGCAUUUUGUCAAUGUCCGGGAGAUAUGGUAUCGCGGGGUGGAGAUGGUUAUUUAUCAUCGAAGGAUUGAUCACCAUUGGAAUCGGCUGUAUUUUCAUUCUCUUCCUCCCUCCUAGCAUCUCAAAUGGCUCUCCGCUUAUCAGCGCUGGUAAAUGGAGUUACUUUACUCCCCGCGAACAAUACAUUCUCGUGCGACGAAUCCUCCUCGAUGAUCCUGCAAAAACCACUGGACAACUCCAGAUCUCUGGAAAAGAAGUCCUGAGAACGAUCAGGAAACCAAGGAUAUUGAUUCACAACCUCAUUACUUUAACAUCUACAAUUUCUGUCAGCGCGGUACAAGGUUAUGGUCCUUCGAUCAUCAAAAGUCUAGGCUUCAAAACCGUACGAGCGAAUGCUAUGGCAUCGGUUGGGAAUUUUAUCGCAGCGUUUGUGGUAGUGAUUCUUGGAUUCAUUGCAGAUAAAACAGGCCGUCGUGGCCCUGCAGUCGUUUUCGGCGCUACUUGGUGCGUGAUCGCAUACGCAUGUCUACGCAUUUCCAUUGGAGAAAGUAAAUGGCAUCGCUAUGCAGCAGUUGUGUUUUCCAUGGCUACGAAUUCAAAUGUCCACAUCCUCAACGUCUCCUGGCUCUCCAUCAACUGCAAAUCCCCCCAAGAACGUAGUAUAGCCAUGGCGAUGAUCAUCAUGGCCGCCAAUUCAGCGGCGAUUGCAGGAUCCCAAGUCUUCCGCACGGCGGAUGCCCCGCUGUACACGCAUGCCUUUACGGCGAUGUAUAUACUUGCCGCGGCGACGUUUGUCAUCGUGGUGGGGUUGAUGUGUGGUAUAUUUUUGCGAAUAGGAGGUUAG